AGGCGGAGUGUCGCUGCGAGCACUUAAACGCCGCCCGCACGUCCCACGCGGCUUCGAGAAUUUGCUUCGGGCGCCCAACCCCCAAGUGACGCCGUCCCUUCUGCCCCGACUUAACAUGGCGCCGACCGCAGUUACUUCCCAGAUCUCCGCAGACGAAGACGUCCCGGCCAUCACCAAACAAGGCGCUCGGGCCCGCAGUCUCCCGUCUGCGCACGCUCCGCUGGCCCCCACACGCCCACUCUCGGUGGCCGCUCCCGCUUCCGCUCUAGCCGCCGCGCUCGGUGGGCGCCACCGCCAGCCAAUCGCAGGGCACGGACGCCGCCGGCCCCGCCCGGCGGAUCAGCUGAGGGAUCCGCGAUGUCUGUUGACAGCGGCGGCGGCGGCGCGGCCGGUUCCGGGUUCGGCGCGCGUUGGGGGAUGUGAAUCCGAUGGAGCAGCCGGGGGAAGGCCCGCAGCCGCCGCAGCAGCAGCCGUGGGGGAGACUCCUCCGCUUGGGCGCCGGCGAGGGCGAGCCGCACGUGCUCCUGAGGAAACCCGAGUGGACCAUCGGGCGCAGAAGAGCACCAAUGGAACAGUAAUUAACAAGCUGAAGGUUGUUAAGAAGCAGACUUGUCCUUUGCAGACUGGGGAUGUCAUCUACUUGGUGUAUAGGAAGAAUGAGCCAGAAUACAACGUGGCAUACCUCUACGAGUCUCUGCAUGAAAAGCAAGGCAUCACACAAGACCCCUUUGAAGCUAAUAAAGAGAAUGUGUUCCACGUGACCAAAGAUACCUCAGGUGCAGGGCAAGGUGACGAUCCCCAGGUCCUGCCGUCAUCGCCCACCGCUCAGGCGUGCUUUGAGGAACCACAGCCAUCGACGUCGACCUCGGACCUCUUCCCCACGGCCUCUACCUCUUCCACGGAGCCCACCUCUGCGGGGCAAGCGCCUCCCUUCAGCCCUGACUUCAGAGAUGCAGGCGUCUCCCCAAAGGAAUGUGGUCCGUCUGUGGCAAAUGAUGAAAUCCCCACCUUCCCUUCGGCUCUCCCAGACAGAGAAGGAGCACCCUUCUCUCUGCCAGGGUCCCGGGACCAAGAGGAUUUGGAGCCUGUCACGAAGAGAAUGAAAGCAGAGGGGGAGGCCGAGCUGACCCUGCAGUUGCUGGUUGCGGACCAGUGUAGCGACGCCCACACCGCCCUCGGGGGCGUCAGACCCGAGGCCGUGAAGCCGGACAAGAUGGAGGAGACACUCACGUGCAUCAUCUGCCAGGACUUGCUGCACGACUGCGUGAGCCUGCAGCCCUGCAUGCACACCUUCUGUGCCGCCUGCUACUCAGGCUGGAUGGAGCGCUCCGCCUUCUGCCCCACCUGCCGCUGUCCGGUGGAGAGGAUCUGUAAAAACCACAUCCUGAACAAUCUGGUGGAGGCGUACCUUCUCCAGCACCCAGACAAGAGUCGCAGCGAGGAAGACGUGCGGAGCAUGGCUGCCAGGAACAAGAUCACUCAAGACAUGCUGCAGCCCAAAGUCAGAAGGUCUUUCUCUGAUGAGGAGGGCAGUUCGGAGGACCUGCUGGAGCUGUCAGACGCGGACAGCGAGUCCUCGGACAUCAGCCAGCCGUACAUUGUGUGCAGACAGUGCCCUGAGUACCGGAGGCAGGCGGGCCAGCCCCUCCCCUGCCCGGGGCCUGGCAGUGAGCCGGGGGCAGCACAGGCUCCUGGGGAUGCACCGUCCACGUCCACCAGCGUCACGACAGCCCAGGAUUAUGUGUGUGCCCUGCAAGGAAGCCAUGCCAUCUGCACUUGCUGCUUCCAGCCCAUGCCCGACCGGAGGGCAGAACGUGAGCAGGACCCCCGCAUCGCCCCCCAGCAGUGUGCCGUUUGCCUGCAGCCUUUCUGCCACCUGUACUGGGGCUGCGCCCGGGCCGGCUGUCUCGGCUGCCUGGCCCCGUUCUGUGAGCUGGACCUGGGUGACAGGUGUCUGGACGGGGUUCUCAGCAAUAAUCACUAUGAGUCGGACAUCCUGAAGAAUUACCUGGCAACCAGGGGUUUGACGUGGAAAAACAUGUUGACUGAAAGUCUCGUGGCUCUGCAGAGGGGAGUGUUCCUGCUGUCUGAUUACAGAAUCACAGGGAACACUGUGCUCUGUUACUGCUGUGGCCUGAGAAGCUUCCGAGAGCUGACCUACCAGUAUCGGCAGAACAUUCCUGCUUCCGAGUUGCCAGUGGCUGUAACAUCCCGUCCUGACUGCUAUUGGGGCCGCAACUGCCGCACUCAGGUGAAGGCCCACCACGCAAUGAAAUUCAAUCAUAUCUGUGAACAGACAAGGUUCAAGAACUGAGUAUCUAGGAGGCACCAAGGUGGCGUGGGGGUAGUGGAAGUCAGCGACAGCGUGUUUCAGAAAAUACCGGAUACAAACAUUUUCAGGGCAUUUUACAGCCCCCCGGCGGGGAUGGGGGAGGCUGGGGGUCUCUACGUCCGGCACUGUAGCGUGGCUUUUUCUUCCGUGGCGUGAGACCCUCUUGCCGAGAGCCCCCUACCCCAGUGGCCUGGGAGGCCUGGGGUGGCAUGAACAGCCCCUCCUCUGGCCUUGGGGCCACCAGAGCACGUCAGCCAGAAGAACCACUGUCAGCCGCCCCCUCGCGCUCAGACAAUGACGUUCAGGUUUGCUCUUUGGACCUUUCCCAAAACUGUGGCUAAGACAGACGUCUCUCUUCAAGAAAGCUCUCAUGGGAGGGAAAGGAAAGUCUGUCAGAAACGUCCUGUUGUUGAGGGAAAGGGGGCAAAGGCUCACAGCCAGCGGGCACAGCCACAGCCCUGCUUCGGGGACAGCCACGACUCGUGGGUGCUUCUAUUUGGAAGAGGUUUGGUGCUGAUCUUUUAGUAAGAUUUAUCACAAACUGUAGCACAAGUAAUAUAUAAUUUACAGAUUGACUAAAAUUGGGAUAGUAGGGUGUUUGAAGGAAUAAACAUGUGUUUCUGUUUAUGACGAAAAGGAAAAAAUCAGAUGUCCGGAACUGCUAACCCUAGAUCCCCAGUGUUAGGUGCGUGGCCCUGUCCCAGGAGGGCGUAAGGUGGGUUGUUUCCACCCUCAGCCUGCCGUGGAGCAGAGCCCUGGUGCCCGCUUCCCACUCCGUGGGCACAGCCACAGGCCCUGCUGAGCCGCCCCAUGGUCUUUCUCUGUUCCCUGCUGGGCCGGUUCAGCCCUGAGGUGCCCCAGCCCAUCUGGAGCGGCCCCUGCCCCGAGAGCGCCAGGGACCUUUGCCGGUGAGACCUCGUCUCCGUCAUUGGGUUUGCCAUGUCAUCUGGAAUAAUACUUGAAAUUUUGUUCUUUGUUAAAAAAAAAAAAGUUUUUUAUCGUUUGUUGAAAUCACCUGUUAUUUUCGUUUGCAAAAUUGUAACUUUUCGCUUCUUCUCAGGAAUAGGAUUUUCAACCGUUGUCUUGCUCUUGAUACAGACUCUGAGAAGCAGCGCUGUUUGUGGAAAAGGCCUCCUUCCCGCAUUCUAAUAAACAAGCCGUGUCUGUUUCUCUCCCUA